CAAAACAGGAAAUGAAGGAACUGAGGAAGUAGAGAACAUUUUGUGCGAGCGAGUGCUUUGAGCGUUAGCUAGCUAUUUAAUUUAAAAAGAGAGUGGCACUAUGUUGCAACUUCAGUUUACUAAAGAUACUCUGCCAGAUUCUGUUAGCACUGACUUCCAGAAUUUGAAUAAAUUUAAUGAGCAGCAAUUUUUAAGUCUGACUGACAUUAUCUACCGCUUCUUAGUAGAGCCUAAAGAGGCAGACAGGUUCUUGCAGCAGCUGAGUGAGUUUGCUGGGGAGAAUGGAAUGAGUGCAGGCCCAUUGCGAAACCUGGUGAAGAGCGUGCUUCUGGUGCCUCAUGGUGCUCUGAAGAAGACUUUAAAUGCUGAUCAAGUGAAAGAGGAUCUUAUCACUUUAGGAUUAAAUGAAGACAAAGCACUCCAUUUCUCAAAUCAGUGGAAAGUCCACUAUCCUGUCCUGUCCAGACUGGCUGUGGGACAGACUUUAAUGGUUAAUCAGCUUGUGGACAUGGAAUGGAAGUUUGGAGUGACUGUCGGGACGAGUGAGCUGCAGAAGGUUGGGAACAUCUUCUUACAGCUGAAGUUGGUUGUCAGGAAGGGGAAUUCCACUGAAAAUGUCUAUAUGGAGCUGACCCUUCCGCAGUUUUAUAACUUCCUGCAUGAGAUGGAGCGUGCAAAAGCCAGCAUGGACUGCUUCAGCUGAACCCGCCUGAUGCUGGAGAGCAUACGGAAGAGAUGGCCACAGGUUUACAACCACAGACUACCACAGACUGGUGUUGUGUGGAGUAUGGGGAACAUUUCUGACUUGAAGGAUUCUUCCAGAGUUCCAUGAUGCAAGAUUUCAAACCUUUGAGUGCAUCCAGUUUGCAUGUUUUGUACAACACUAUAUGACUGAGUGAGUGAGUUAAUUCACUCAGGAUUCACCAGAGGUAAUUCUCUUUGCCACAGCCACAUUAUUCCAACCCCACUUAAAACACCCUUGUUUCUUGUUGAUUUUUUCUUUCUCAUAAACUCACUCUGUAAAUUGCACUUUUUAAAAAUAAAUUGUCAUUGUGUCGUUACCUUCA